GCUCCACGCAUGCGCGGCGGCGGCGGGCCAAGAUGGCGGCGGCUCUGUCGCGGGCGCUGAAGCUUCCAGGGAAAAAGAUUCACGAUCUGGGGGAAUAUGAUCCACUCCGGCAAGCUGACAGUGAUGACAGCGAGGAUGAUAGCGAUCUCAGCUACCAGAAAAAUGGCAACGUCCAGACUGAGGGCAGCGUCGAGGCUGCGUGUGAUGGAGAUAUUGAUGCCGCAGUUGAAAUGCACACAUUGAAAAUGAAACAACGGCGACUGGACGAGCCUAGCUCCACGGAGGUCCAUGCAACUGAGGUCUCCGACGAGUUUACCGUUAAAGCCAGAACCUCACUCGUCCCUUGCCUGCGGACAGCUGCCUUCCUGCUCACCCUGGCUUUGGCCAUGGUCCUUGUUCUGGCCUGCGCUUUCUUCAUCCCGUGUCCGAGGAGCCAGCCGCUGAUGACCUCGUGGAACCGCAGCCUAGGCCAAGCAGCCAGUUUCCCUCCAGUGAUGACGCUUUGGGAUGUUAAUGAUGACCAAGUUUCUGAUGUAAUUAUUUCGUUCAGUUCCACCGGGAAAGUCCAGGACCAGAGAGGAGGCCUCAGGCCACCAGCUGCGUUGAAACUUCACACGUCGGUAGCAGUGUUAUCUGGGGUUGAUGGCAGCGUAAUGUGGACAUCCCUGGCUCCAGAGCGACUGAAAUUUAUCCAGUGCGGCAUCGGCUAUCUCGGAGGGCCGGGUUCUGUCUGCCUCCUGAUCGGAAUCAGUCACAUGUUGAAGGUCAUUAACAGCAGCUCAGGAAGUAGCCUGUGGGAAAUGAAGAGCAUGUACCGGUCCCAUCAGAUUCCAGCCGCCCCAGCAGUGUUGCUUCCAGACGUAGACGGUGAUGGAUUCACAGACUUGCUGCUUGGGAGCAGACCUGCUGUACUGACCAGUCGGCUUCGCGACAUCUCCUUUGUGUUCGUGUCAGGAGCAACAGGGGCCCUGAUUGGCCAGUCAGUUUCUUACAAUGUCACCGGUGAGGGCAAGCUGAUUGGUCCAAAGGCCUAUGUGUCUGGAGGAGGCACGCUGUACGUUCUGUUUGGCUAUGGAAGUAUACAGGCUGUGGCCGUGAAGGACAUUUACACCCAAGCAAAUGGCAAAGGCAGCUUGCCUCCAUCUCUACAAAGCCAGGACUCCAUAUGGGAAUGGAAGAGAAACGAGAACCUGUCCGGACUGUACAGUAAUGAUUCUGUGAGGGACGUACAGACUCUUAGCAGACAUGGAGGGAGAGACAGUGACAUAUUGAUCACCACAAAGAGCAGACUGCACCUUCUGGAUCGGCAGCGCCUCCUGCAGGUGUGGUCAGCAAACGGAAGCACCAUCGAAAGUUCUCCUGUCACUGGCUUCUUCAACGAAGACGACAUCCUGGAUUUCCUGAUCCAGAUCGUGAACAGGAGCAACGUGAGAGAGAGUUUAAUUAUCGAUGGGAGUUCGGGUGAGGAACUUUGGAAAGCAAACGUGGACUGUCGUGUCCAGGAAGCAGCCUCUGUACCAAUGUCCAAUGGGAGAUCUGCGUUUCUGUUCUGGACUGAGGCGUGUGGAGUGGCCCACUUGGGUCAGACGACAGACAUAUACCCUCCGAACCAGUAUCAUUUGUACCUCCUGCACCCGUUGUAUCCCAGUGUCCUGCUGCAGCUGGCCAACAGCACAGCACUCGUGACAGCAUCAGCAACUGGGUUACUGGAGCAACAAAAGGACGCUUUCUGCGUUACCGUGACGAUGGGCACCGCGCGCUGGUCCAGUGAAAGUCACACUGGGCACCUGAUGGUGACUGGCCUGGGCCUGAGCUGGGCAGUGUCCCACAGCAGGACGGUGGCCCUGGAGGACGCAGCUGUCACCACCGUCCAGAAAAUGGUCUCCAAGAUCCAGUUCACUGCGGCCGAGCACUGACAGUCACUGCAGACACCGACCAUGAUGUGACGCAAGGAACAGAAGCUCAUUUACUGCUUUCUGCGGGAACGCCACAUCCCAAUCACGGUGCUCCCUGCCAGCAGUGUCCCUGUAUCCUCCUACCCGCCCUUCACUAUCCUCACUUGAUCUGGAAAAUGACUUGAAAAUGAUCUCCAAGGCAACAAUCCUCGCCAGGGCUUUCCCCACUAGUUACUGGCUCAAUCAGAACAAAUAUUUGAGAACAAUCCAGUUCCUUCGGUUUGCCACAACCAUCUGGCAGUUCAUCCCCCAGUGUGUAGUUGGCAGCGUUCGGCCGUCUCCAUGUGAGGAGUCACGUCUGUCUGUUAUCCACCAGGAUCCAGCUUUAAAUGAGCUCUCUCCUAGAUGUCGGAAUGCGCAAUUUGUUCCCACAGAGUCCUCUUUAAAGCACACAUGUUUACAAGUGUUGCCUGUAGUAUUUGCACUUUAGAUUAGCGCAAUCUUGUGUCUUAUUGUAGCUACAAUCUAAACUUAUUUAUCAUUAGAGUUUAUUAUAGUCUUCGCUGAACCAGUCAAAAAGCUUGAAUGUGAACUUAAAAGAUUUGUAAAUGAUUUAUUUGUAUAUAGGAGCUGGAGUAGGCCUAGAUUGUAAAUAGAUAUAUCCUAAAAUGGUUUCUAUGUGAUUUAAACAAAAUUAAUAUAUAAGAUACCUGAAUUUACGGUGUUUAAUUUGGCAUCAACCUGGACCCCUUCUUGAGAAACCAGGACAGCGUGACCUUUGACUUAUGGAGUCAACUGUGGGGCCACCUCAGGGUUCAGAGGACACCAGGGCACAGUCAUCUCCCGAUUCUGAUGCCGGUUUGCUUCUGUAAUUCAUGCUGGUUGUUUCUGUAUCUCCUCAACAGAUCUUUAAUUCUUCAUUGUGGUUAUUUCAGACUAUGGGUCAAUUACAGGAGGGGUCACUCUUUUACCAUCAACAGGGUAUCUGACACAGACAUGCGGGUCAGAAUGUACAGUCAGCCUCCCAUCUCUCUCUCUCUUGCGCUCUCUCUCUCUUUUUUUUUGCUCUGUCCCUGCCUCUCUGUCUCUCUCUCUCUGUCUGUCUGUUUGCCUCUCUCUCUUUUUUCUCUGUUUCUCUCACUCUCUCAUCUCGCACAUACACACACAGCUAUGCAUGUAACAUGGGAUUGAUUUGGUGGUGCACUCUCCCUCCCAGAGGCAGUUCGGAAAUUAAUAUAUUUUUACAACAGAGUGUUCAUGGGCAGGUGCUUGUUCUGUCAUACCCUAAGCCUGUUCUCUAAGUAACCCAUCAGUCCCUGUCUUUCUUCAUAUACAUUUUCCAUGCCCAUUCUUCUGAAAACAUUGGAGCCCACGCUGAGAUUAUUUCAGUCCAGUCUGUGACUGUUCCUGCCCAAAACACGAAAUUGGAGAGCCAGCAGACCAUUCGGCCAAUCGAAUCUGUUCCAUUGUUCGAUAUGGCUGAACUUGGGCUUCACUUUCACUCCCCCUGCUGUUCCCCUCAUCCUUCAGUUCCCAAAUUGAGACCAAAGUUUUUCAAUCCCAAACUUUAAACAUAUUCAACAAUGGAGCAUCAACAAUCUACUAGGAUCGAGAAUUAUAAAAGGUUCACAGUCUUUGAGUGUCAUCAUUUCUCCUCUCUCUCCUAAAUGCUCAGACCUUUAUUCCAAGACUGUGCCUCUUCAUUCCCAAUGCCUCGAUGAGGGAGGACACUCUGUGUGCCUACCUUCCCUCAGCCCUCUGCAGUGUCAGCUAUGGCUCUCAUUCUGCUCAACUCCAGAGAAUAUGGAUCCACCAUCCCAUCGCGGGCAAUUUCCUCAUCCCAGGGACCAAUUUAGUGAACUGACACUCUACCACAUUCAAUGUAACUGUGUUCUUUUGUAAAUGUGGAAGCCAGAACUGCCCACAGUAUCCUCUCCACAUAAAAGCCAGGAUGCUGUAGGCCUCCCUCAUUUCUUGCUGUGACUGUAUGUGAUCCUUGUCCAAUCACACCCAAGUCCCUUUGAUUACUCGCACUAUACACUCAAACCCCAGGUUACAAAUGGAUCCUGUUCUGGGGUCUGUGCGGGCGUUGGUUUGAAUGGUGCUCUCCCAGUGGCUCGUGGUGGUCUCGCAGCCUGGUGUGGCCUCAGCAUGGACUUCCAGUCUCGAGGUGAUUUCAGAGCGGCCUCCGGGGCUCGAGGUGAAGCCCAGUAUGGUCCAAGUCAGGGCCCAGCGCGGGGUUGGGUUUAUUUUGCCUACGAUCUGAAAUGCUGAGCUUUUCCUUUUUUUAAUCUAAGAACUGAAGAAUCUGUACCGAGGUACCUGGUGGUGCGAUGAGUGGUGACUUGUAAAUGUUUCACUGUACUCAUGUGAGUAUAGGUGACAAUAAAGUUAAUUCGGUUCAGUUCAAGUUGGGGAAUAACAUAAAGCAGCCAUUUGUAAUGUUGGGUCUUUAAAAUUACACUCCUGUAUGGGAUCACGUUUGUGAGCACAAGAGUUCAUAAACCGGGGACCCCUUGCUGUUUGCUAAAUUCUCCAGUCUGUGCAGCAACAAUGUGAUAAAGGCAACGUAUGAAGAUGCUGGAGACACUCUGUAGUUCUGACAGCAUCAGAGAGAGAAACAGAGUUAAAGUUUGGAGUCUGAGUGUUGUACCAGGUGGGAAUGGUGGAGAGGGGGCUGUCCUUCUAAUCAGCGGUAUAUGGGGAAAUGCACUCUGCAUGUGAACUCGAAAUGUCUGCACUUUUGAUCAUUUAUCAGCAAGAAUGGUCUGUAAAUUCAGAAUUCCAGCUGCUGUCUCCAUAUUUCCAUGUGCUAUGCUUGAUCUAAAGGUAUCAGGUACAGAAGUAAAAUGCCAU